CCCUGUAUGAUUACUCACCGUUUCCUUAUCCUGAACGCGUCGUUCUAGGUGCGUCUGAAAAGUACCACCAAGAACGAGAGAGAGAAAGAGAGAGAGAGAGAAAGAGAUUAAACAGGAAUCAUCCGUUACGGGCACACACGCAUAUAUAUAUAAAUAUAUAUAGGUGGCACACAUUCGCAUUACGUCGGGUGUGCACCCACACACAAUACACAGACGCUCGGUCGACGCAGGAGAGAAAGAGGGGCACGCGGAAGAAAGUCUCACGAGGGAGAGAAAGAGGGAGACAGAGUCGCCAAGGGAGAGAGCGGGAGCGAGAGAAGGGAGGAGGAAGUGAGAGAAAGAGAGAGAGAGAGAGAGACGUGAGAUACGCUCUCGCAUGCUCGCGCGUCGCACUCGCUGUCGCAUUUAACCGGCCGUGCAAUCAGUUUUAAAGCCCUCUUGACAGCCGCACGCCCUCCGAGAGAGAAAGAGAGUUACGCGCGCGAAAAGGGCGCAUAAAUGCAUCGCUCUUGAUAAUCGAGACGCCAAAGAUGUCGAGCAGCGAGAUGGACUACUCGGAUUCAGAUUGCGCUGAUCCGGGUUACGAGGAUUACUACAACGUUCAACGAUGGGGCAGCGACGUGGAUAACGACGUGGAUCCUGAGCAAAACAGGAGAGACCCGGAAUACGCGGUGUACGACUGUUUACGGGUCGACGAAGUGGAACGGCUGUUGAACGAAAAUGUCGAGGUGUUAAGUACUAGCCUUCACGUAACACCAUCCCUAGCCAAAGUGUUAUUACACGCGCACAAUUGGGCGUUGUCGGAAAUUGUCACAAAGUACCGUACCAAUGCUUCCAGUUUAUUGAUUAGUUCAAAGAUCAAGCCGUCACCCACCCCGGAACAAGUGCCAGUAUUGAAAUGUCAGAGGGGUGGCGUAUGCUCGGUUUGUGUUAUGAUCUUUCCCGCAGAUAGGUUUUCUACUCUUACAUGUGGACACUCAUUUUGCAAAGACUGUUGGUGUAUGCAUUUCGAAGUACAAAUAACGCAAGGUAUAACCACCGGUAUAAGUUGCAUGGCGCACGACUGCGACGUCUUAACUCCGGAGGACUUUGUCCUUUCCAUACUUACUAAGCCUAACAUGAGAGAGAGGUAUCAACAGUUUGCUUUCUGUGAUUACGUCAAGUCUCAUCCGCAACUCCGCUUUUGCCCUGGCCCAAAUUGCCAAAUAGUUUUGCGCUCGAAGGAACAACGGGCGAAGAGAGUCAUGUGUUCAUCCUGUAAAACUGUUUUCUGCUUCCGAUGUGGUAUGGAUUACCACGCACCUACCGACUGCGGUACAAUCAAAAAAUGGCUGACAAAAUGCGCGGACGACUCUGAAACUGCUAAUUACAUUAGCGCUCAUACCAAAGAUUGCCCAAAAUGUCAUAUUUGCAUAGAGAAGAACGGUGGUUGCAAUCAUAUGCAGUGUUACAAUUGCAAGCACGAUUUCUGUUGGAUGUGCCUUGGGGAUUGGAAAGCACACGGUAGUGAGUAUUACGAAUGUUCCCGAUACAAGGAGAAUCCUAACAUUGCUCAUGAAAGCGUCCAUGCACAAGCGAGGGAAGCUCUCAAGAAGUAUCUGCACUAUUACGAGAGAUGGGAAAACCACAGUAAGUCGUUAAAGCUGGAGGAACAAACGUUGGAAGGUAUCAAGAUGAGGAUCAAUAAGAAAGUAAUGAACGCCAGCGGAACUUGGAUAGAUUGGCAACACCUGUUCGAGGCAGCGUCCCUUUUAGCGCGUUGCCGUUACACCUUACAGUAUACGUAUCCGUACGCUUACUACAUGGAACCUGGACCUCGCAAGGAACUGUUCGAGUAUCAGCAGGCUCAAUUAGAAGCGGAGAUUGAGAAUCUCUCGUGGAAAAUCGAACGAGCGGAGACUACGGACCGAGGUGAUCUGGAAAAUCAGAUGGACAUCGCAGAGAAGCGUCGUGUCACUUUGCUGAAAGAUUUUCUCGAAGUGUAAUUCGAAUGUGCGUGUAGAACGUCACGCUUCCGGUGUUUUCUCUCUCACGGUCACAAAAAAUAUGUAAAAGCCCCACGUCUCUUUCUUUGCGAGAACGGAUGUGUCUGAUGUGUUCGAGCGUAAUCAUUUUAAUAAUUAAACGAAUUGAUUCUCGUAUAUCCGAAACGUUUACGAGACACAAAAGAAGAAUCUACGUAGAAUGAGUUUGAUGUAAAAACAAAAAGAAGAAAAAAAGAACAGAAAAAGUUAGAAUAUGAGGGUUGGGGAAGGGGGGUCGUUAUGUACACGAUAUUGACUGACUUAUUUCCGGCACGGAAGAAACGCUACAAGAACCAAAAUCCGAAAUGUAUACGAAACGGGUCUUUUCUCCGGUCACAGAAAACUUCUGGAGUAUCGAUUGUAAGUCGGAGCCACCAAGUUGGGGCAAACUGAGCGAGCCUCGACUACAUCGAUCACAAUCGACGUUUAUCUGCAGCUGUCAGUUAUAGGGAUAAUAAAAGCAUACUUUCCGUACCGGGAAAAAGUCGAAAACGAUGACGAGAUGGGGACUCGAUCGUGGAGAUGGGAGGUACCUUUUCCUAAGACAGUCUUAUUCGCGUAUAAUUUCGUCCGAGUAUUAUAACGAAUCGUAGCUACUGAGUGGCCGACAAGAUGACAGACAAAGAAUGGUAUAUCGAGUUUUAGCUCUACUUAAUUAAAUUCUCGGGGAUAUAUUACUCGGCAUAGGCGCGAGCCUCCAGGGUAUCAAAAGUAUUAAUUGUAUCGACUGAUUUAAACGAGAAUUUUCGACGGUAUAUAGGUCAUGCGUGAUGGUUCGUUCUUAGUUUAAGAGAGUGGUCAAAAGCAGUGCGCUUCUUUUUUCCCCCUCAAGUUUGUCUUAUCGAAAAACCAGAGGUCAUUUUAUGCUUUCACCGAUGUUCGUUUGACCGAUCUACCGAUGCUAACCGUAUAAUUUGAUAAGAGGCACGACGACGAAGAAUGACGAGAAUGAUGAUGAUGAUGAUGAGGCACGAGAAGUGUGAUCCUCGUGUGAUUCUCCUCACAUGCGCGAGAACAUACCGACGAAUCGACUUGANCUCUCUCUCUCUCUCUCUCUCUCUCUCUCUCUCUCUCUCUCUCUCUCUCUCUCUCUCUAUCUAUCUAUCUAUCUAUCU